ACAAAGAAGACAAAAAAAUAAAACUAAAAAUUGCCGUUGAUUACAAAUCAAAUUACAAAGUAAAAAAAAUAUGGAAAAAACUCAAAAAAAGAAACGAGUUAUGUGGAGUGAGGCUGCCGAGGCCGACUUAAUCGAGGUGUGGCAACAAAAAAUGCCAGAGCUGCGAUCAACGCAGAAAAAUAACCACAUAUACGAGGAAAUGUCCUGUACGAUGCUUUUGGCUGGACACGAAUAUACGUCCAGUGAGAUUAAAAUUAAAUUGCACAAUUUUACCAACAAAUACAGACAAGAAAAGCAGAAAAACUGUGCAUCGGGUGGCUCCCCUAGUCGGUGGAAAUAUUAUGAGGCGGUCCACCAAGCAGUAGGUGGUUUCAAAAGUUUUUGUUCCGCCGAACUUGUAGAGGAUAGCAUUGUGGUUGACAUGGAACCAAUUUACAUUGAGGACGAUGCAGAAGGAGAGCCGCCGCUCCCAAGCCCAAGCGAUGGACCUUCUACGUCGCGUGGUUGCGCUCGGCCAUCGUCAAGCGAUGCUGUAAAAAAGAAAAAAUCAGGGUUAACAAUAAUAGAGGAAAUGAAGGAUGACUUAUUAAAGGCGACUGAGGCGAUGAAAGCAGCCGAUGAAAAGCGUCUUUCUCUCCUAGAAGAAUAUAUAAACGAUUCAAAAGAAGUGAAGGAUGCUUUCAUCGACUUCCUUCGUCGCCAAAAAUAG